CGGGCCGGGGCCGAGCGGCCGCGCUGGGCAGCGGCACCCGCCGGGAAUGGGGCCCGCGCCGGGGCCCCCCCGACACGAUGCUGCUCGGCAGGAAGCCGGACGGGCCUCUCGCAGCGGCCAGGAUUGGAGAUGGAUUAUACGACUCCUAUAUGAGGAUAGAUGAGUGUAGAUACCCAGAGCCUACAAAUGAAGAACGGAGCCCUUCGGGACUUCCUUCCCUUUCAAGACCUCAUGUUUCUAUCAACAAACUUAUAAUGAAGGAUCACCCUCUGGCUGGGAAUCAGGUCAAAGUGGAGCAGUUAUUUGAGGACUCUGGCAACAGAAGGAGCAGCACUCUUCAGUCUGCAGGCCUUACUCCAGAAAGAUCUCUCCCUUCCCUGACAAAAGAGAAAACCCUAGAGAGCCUGGGUGCUAGAGGCAGUGGAAGCUCCUUGAAAUCACAUAAAGCCGUCUCCCAAGCUCCAGAGGAAGCUGUCAAACAGUUCAAACAUCUGCUAUCAGCUUAUGAGCAGCAGGAGAUCUUCAGUUUCUCUGAGAUUUACUUUGUGGGGCCAUCUGCCAAAAAGAGGCAGGGGGUGGUCGGCGGCCCCAACAACAGCGGCUACGACGACGACCAAGGCAGCUACAUCCACGUGCCCCACGACCACCUGGCUUACAGGUAUGAGGUGCUCAAAAUCAUCGGCAAGGGCAGUUUUGGACAAGUUGCUAAAGUCUAUGAUCACAAACUCCACCAGCACCUGGCCUUAAAGAUGGUUCGCAAUGAGAAGAGGUUCCAUCGCCAAGCUGCCGAGGAGAUCAGGAUCCUGGAGCACCUGAAGAAGCAGGAUAAAACAGGCAGCAUGAAUGUGAUCCACAUGCUGGAAAGCUUCACCUUUCGGAACCACAUCUGCAUGACCUUUGAACUCUUGAGUAUGAACCUGUAUGAGCUGAUUAAAAGGAAUAAGUUCCAGGGCUUCAGCCUCCAGCUGGUUCGGAAGUUCGCUCACUCCAUCCUGCAGUGUUUGGAUGCCCUUUAUAGAAACAAAAUCAUCCACUGUGACUUGAAGCCAGAAAAUAUCCUCCUAAAACAGCAAGGGAGGAGUGGAAUCAAGGUUAUAGAUUUUGGGUCCAGCUGUUUUGAGCACCAAAGAGUCUACACCUACAUCCAGUCCCGGUUUUAUCGGGCCCCAGAGGUGAUCCUGGGCAGCCGCUAUGGGAUGCCCAUAGACAUGUGGAGUUUUGGCUGUAUUCUGGUGGAGCUUUUGACUGGCUACCCUCUUUUUCCUGGAGAGGACGAGGCAGACCAGCUGGCCUGUAUCAUGGAACUUCUUGGAAUGCCACCUCAGAAGCUUUUGGAUCAAUCCAAGCGAGCCAAGAACUUCAUCAACUCCAAGGGUCACCCCCGUUACUGCACGGUGAUGACGCAGCCGGACGGGAAGGUGACCCUGAGCGGGAGCCGCUCGCGCCGGGGCAAGGUCCGGGGUGCCCCAGGGAACAAGGACUGGGUGACAGCUCUGAAGGGCUGUGAUGACCCCUUGUUCACUGGUUUCCUGAAGGACUGCCUCAGCUGGGAUCCUUCCACACGCAUGAUUCCCAGCCAGGCGCUGCGGCACCCCUGGAUCUGCAAACGGGUGCCCAAAGCAGCCGGCUUGGAGAAAAGCUCCGGCAGGCGGAUUUCGAGCUAUUCAGGUUCCUUCCAAGGAAUUGCUAACAAGUUGCCUCCUGUGGCUGCAGUCCCCAGCAAGCUGAGGGCCAGUCUGACCACUGAGCCCAGUGGCAACAUCCCUCUGUGUACUGUGCUCCCCAAACUGGUCAGCUAGUGGGGAGUGGUGGGUUCCCAGGAUACACCCUGUGUGUGUUAACUGUCUGUUCAUGCUGUGGGAGGAAACUAAAUGCAGGGGGUUUUGAUGGAUUUACUUUUUGUUAGGGGCUCGGCCUGGAAUACUGGAAGAUCAGUCAGAAAUGUGCACAUUAAAGGGCUGAUUUUAUCCAGUUGCUUCACUCACACCUGGUGCAUAUUCCACUGCUGAGGGUUCAGCUCAGCUGGGGAGUACAGAGACAGUUUGGCUGAUGUGCUGUUUAAAAAUGCUCAUUUAGAAAUCAAACCAUUUAUCAUGGUUCAACAGGUUCUUUUGCUUAAGGCAGGAAAGGAACUUGAUUUAAACUCUGUGUUUUCACUUAUCUCCAGCUGAACUAUUUCUGUUCCAGGGGAAAGUUUUUAAAUCUCUUGUCAAAAGCACAAAUGCAUUAAUGUAAUGCAUUAGGAACUUACUUGCAAAUUGCUUAAGUUUGAAGAAUUUUAUUUCUCUGCAUUGCUUUUCCCUUACCUAUCCUGGGAUUUUAAAAACUGUGAUGGGAUGUAGACACCAAAGGAAUUUGUUAUAGGAAAAGAAAAUACUGAGAUGAUAAAAUUUCAAAGCAGCAUAGAAAUGCCAUGAAACACAGGAUAUAUCUAAAUAAAACUACUAAUUUCUGUAACACUUGCUAUUUCCCCCUAAAAAUCUAUGGAAAGCUUGUAGGGGAACUUGGGAUCAGGCCUGGUCCAUCACAAGUGUGAGCCAGUUUGUUCAGGUAAUGAUUGAAUUAUCUGUUUCUUUGGAGCUCAGAUUUCCAUCAUCAGUUCUGCCAGGUGUGUGUCUUUGUUUUUCCCGUGUUUCUAAAACAAAAAUGUUGAACUUCAAGAGCUGGUUUAUAUCCAUGUUUGAGAUUCUGGUAAUUGCAAAAAAUUAUCUCUUUGUGUAGAGUGAAUUCCAUUGAACUACGUGAAGCUCUUUUAAUAAAAAUGCAAACAUGCCACCCCUGUCAGACAAGUAGAA